GACCCCUCCAAGGUCAUGUGGCUGGCAUGACUGCAUGGAGCGCUGUUACCUUCCCGCUGGAGCGGUACCUAUUGAUCAACUCACAUUUGCAUGUUUUCGAACUGCUAGGUUGGCAGGAGCUGGCGCUAAUAGCGGCCGCUCACGCCGCUCCCGGGGUUUGAACCUGGGACCUUUCAGGCUCGGGCUGUGGCGCAGGCUGGAGAACAGCUGCAAUGAAUCACUCUGACCAGGAGGUCAUGAGUUCGAGGCCCGCUCGGAGCCUAUGUUUGUCUUGUCUUUGUUCUAUGUUAAAAGGCAUUGAAUGUUUGCCUAUAUGUGUAAUGUGAUCCGCCCUGAGUCCCCUUCGGGGUGAGAAGGGCGGAAUAUAAAUGCUGUAAAUAAAUAAACGCACUUCGCCACCGGGGCUCCUGGGCUUAUAUACCUGUGGAAUAAUGUCCAGGGUGGGAGAAAGAACACUUGUCUGUUUGAGGCAAGUAUGAAUGUUGCAAUUGGCCACCUUGGUUAGCAUUGAAUAGCCUUGCAGCUUCAAAGCCUGACUGCUUCCUGCCUGGGGGCAUUCUUUGUUGGGAGGUGUUGGCUGGCCCUGAUUGCUUCCUGUGGGUGAAACUUCAGGAGAGAAUGCUUCUGGAGCAUGGCCAACAUAGCCCGAAAAACUCACAGCAGCCCAGUGAUUCCGGCCAUGAAAGCCUUUGACAACACUUUGACAAUGUUGGUGUUUCUCAAACUUUGAACUUCCUGACAUUUUGGAUUUUAGCUCCCAGAAUUCCUGGUUAAUUACUGCAGUUCAAUACUCUGGAUUUGGUGGCCAUCUGUUAAGGGUGCUUUGAUUGUGCUUUUUUUGUAUGGCAGAAUGGGGUUGGACUGAAUAGCCCUUGGGGUCUCUACUUGAUUCUAUUAUUCUAAGGAAGAAUGUUGUUCAUAGUGGGUAUGUGGGUUGUGGAAAGAGCCAACUGUUACCCUAAAAGGUCACUGGAGGGUAGUGGAAAAAAGCCAGCUAUUAUCCAGAGGUCACUGGAGGGUCCUGGGAAAAAGCCAGCUGUUACCCCAAAAGGCCACCGCUUUUUAGGAGUCAUGCCCGCCUACAGUGCCAACGAAGAUGCCCUGACCACCAAGUUGGUGACCUUUUAUGAGAACUCCAAGGACCCCACGGUGCCGUCCCAUCAAGCCACGGUGCUCCUGUUCGAUCCCAGCAACGGCUCUCUCCGAGCAGUCAUGGACGGCAGCGUCAUCACAGCCAAGCGGACGGCUGCUGUUUCUGCCAUUGCCACCAAGCUUCUAAUGCCAGCAAAUUCGGAAGUAUUGUGCAUCCUAGGCGCUGGAGUUCAGGCCUACAGCCACUAUGACAUCUUCACUGAAUUAUUUGCCUUUAAGGAGGUGAGGAUCUGGAACCGCACUGAAGAGAGAGCCCAGAAGUUUGCUGACUCGGUUGCUGGGCCAGUGCGGGUCUGCUCUUCCGCUCAGGAGGCGGCAACUGGAGCUGAUGUGAUCGUAACUGUCACGAUGGCAACAAAACCAAUUUUACAUGGAGAAUGGGUGAAACCUGGAGCCCACAUCAAUGCCGUAGGCGCCAGCAGGCCAGACUGGCGGGAGCUGGACGAUGACAUCAUGAAGAACGCUAUGUUGUAUGUGGAUUCCAGGGAGGCCGCCCUGUGUGAAUCGGGAGACGUUAUUUUAUCAGAGGCUGAGAUUACUGCAGAGUUGGGCGAGGUCUUGUUGGGAACAAAGCCCGCCUUGCGUGAGAAAACAACCGUGUUCAAGUCCCUGGGCAUGGCGAUAGAAGAUACAGUAGCAGCAAAAUUGGUCUUCGAUUCCUGGUCGGCUUCCACCUGAAAUGAAGAUCUGUGACUGCCCUGAACAACAAAGCAAUAAAAUAGCACUUGGGGUUGUGUUUCUCCCCCCAAAAAACCCUAUUCUUCCAUCCUAUACACAUUUAACUGGGAGCACCAUGUUGUUCUCAGUGGCGUUUUCUUCCAAGUAGAGAUGCCUAUGAUUGCACUAUCAUUCCUACUAUUUUAUAGGAAGGAUUUUUAAGGCUAAAAUAAUUAUAUAGAUAUGACUUUUGGGUUAUCUUUUGUGACCGGAAUCCUAUUGUUUUCCUUGGCUAUGCUUCUAACUCUUCACUUACACUUAGUGUGAUGUAAAUAGAUUUUUUGUCUCUUUGGGAAAGUAUAACAUUCUCUAAUAUGAAA